AUGGGCUUUUACAUGAACCUACCCAUCGGUGGAGUGGCUGCCGCCCUCAUCGCUUUCGUCCCCAUUCCUGAACGCACGACGAAGCCGCGCAUCACCCUGUCCCUCAUUCGCACGAUUAUACCCGACCUCGAUCUGCUCGGCUUUGCGCUCUUCGUUCCUCCGUCUGUUAUGCUGCUCCUCGCCCUCCAGCUAGGCAGUGGUGGCAAGUACGCCUGGAGCUCCUCUGUCGUCAUCGGACUAUUCUGUGGUGCUGCAACAUGCGCCGCCCUCUUCAUACUUUGGGAGAGAAGAAUGGGCGACCAAGCUAUGCUUCCAGGUAAGCUGCUGGGACAGCGAAUCGUCUGGACGAGUUGCGUGUACGCCAGCUGCAUUAUCACUUGUAUGAUGACAGCGAGUGUUUGGAUGCCGACAUACUUCCAAGCCGUGAAGGGCGAUGGGCCGACCGACAGUGGUGUACACGUACUACCGAGUAUAUUGAGCCAACUUCUCGUUGUCAUCGCCACGGGUGCUGCAGUAUCUCGCAUGGGCUACUAUCUUCCCUGGGCGCUCGUCGGUGGUAUCAUCACCGCAAUCGGCAACGGCCUCGUGUCAACGUUCACAGCAUCUACGAGCGCCUCGGUCUGGAUCGGCUAUCAGAUUUUGUUGGGCGCUGGCCGAGGAUGUGGCAUGCAGAUAGCCAUCAUUGCAGUGCAGAACGCCGUAUCUCCCGCCCAAUACCCAGUCGCGUUAGCCAGUGUCGUCUUUUUCCAGAACCUCAGUACAUCUAUCGCGGUUGUCAUUGCGAACACGAUCUUCACGCAGACACUGCGCUCCGCCGUCACACGCUACGCGCCCACAAUAUCGCCCCAGGCGGCGGUUGAUGCUGGGUCGAGUGCCAGUGCCGUACGAGCCCUCGUCCCGCCAGGAGAACUAGAUGGCGUGCUGAGAGCGUACUCGGAGAGCCUUCGAGAUGUCUUUUACUUCUUGGUAGGCAUAGCAUGUCUGGCUACCCUUGCCAGCUUGGGUAUGGGUUGGAAGGAUAUCCGGAACAAGCGCAGCAAAACGGACAUGAAUGUGGAGAUGGAUGAGAGAUGUGAGGAAGGGAAGAAGUGA